CCGUACCUUUUAGUGCCGGCCCUCACAGAACGUCAGGACGGGAGGUGCCAACCUUCUGCAGCCACCUGAUCGGGCGUCACACAAAAGACGUAGGCUAUUCGCUUAGCUGCGCACUUUUCAAGAAUCAUGGCCGCCGACCGACCCAACGCAGCUCGAUCCCUCACCUCCCCGCCCACCAUGAGUCCAAACGGCCACUUUGCGGGAGCUGAUGGGGGACUGUCCAAGGACGACUUCGAACAUGGCGUCCAAAUCAUCAACUCGGACAAGGAGUUCAACGCCAACUUGGGCCAAUACUUGCAGUUCGAGAACAUCACCAAGGCCGGCUUCAACUACCACCUCAUCUCCGUGUUCGGCAGUCAGAGUACAGGCAAGAGCACUCUGCUCAACUAUUUGUUUGGGACACAAUUUGGGGUGAUGAACGAGCAGCAGCGACAGCAGACAACGAAGGGAAUAUGGAUGUCGCGCAACAAGAAAGAGCAUGCUGGAGAAGAAGGCGCAAUGGCUGCCAACAUCUUGGUCAUGGACGUCGAGGGCACAGACGGGCGAGAACGAGGAGAGGACCAGGACUUCGAGCGCAAAAGUGCCUUGUUCGCGCUGGCGACAAGUGAGGUACUCAUUGUGAAUAUUUGGGAACACCAGGUCGGAUUGUAUCAGGGAGCGAAUAUGGGCCUUCUCAAGACUGUCUUCGAGGUUAACCUCCAGCUCUUCCUGAAGGACUCGAAAAGUGUAUCCCGCACAUUACUCUUCUUCGUCAUUCGAGAUCACUUGGGCACUACUCCGCUGGAGAACCUCAAACUCACGCUCCUCCAAGACCUCUCGAGGAUAUGGUCAACGCUUUCGAAACCGCCAGGGCUGGAAAAGAGCCAGAUCGAAGACUACUUCGAUUUUGCAUUCGUUGCCCUGCCACACAAGAUCCUGAUGCCGGAGAAGUUUGAGCAGGAGGUGGCAAAGUUGGGCACGCGAUUCCGUGAAGGCUUCAAGGACCCCAGGAAAGCUGGCCUUAUUGAUAAUGAGCCUAUAUUGUUGCCCGAGUAUCAUCGACGUAUUCCUGCCGACGGCUUCCCCAUGUAUGCCGAAGGCGUCUGGGAGCAGAUCGAUAACAACAAGGACCUCGAUCUGCCUACCCAACAAGAGCUGUUGGCUCAAUUCCGUUGCGAUGAAAUCUCCAAGGAGGUAUUGAUACCGUUCGACGAGGCGAUCGCGCCUUUGGAAGAGCUUCAGAACAGUGCAGUUGCAGCAGGGAAGCCAACCGUCCUUGUUGACCUUGGGAUGAAGUUGAUCGGCGCGAGGAAAUUGGUUCUCGGAAGUUUCGAAGAAGAGGCUAGCAGGUACCACAAAGGGGUGUUUAAGAGAAAACAGGCCGAGCUUGAGACCAAGGUCGAUGGCAGACUCAAGACCCUUUUCAUUGGACAACUCAGCGCUGCGCACAAGUCAGGUGUCCAUGACUUUUCAGAGGCAGUGUCUUCUGCUGUCAAAACAGGCCAGAAGAAGGGGUCAAACUAUGAUUUCCACCAAAUCGUCACUUCUGAGAAAGAAAAGGCAUUGGAUCGAUUUGAGACACAAGCUAAGACGUCCCUGGUGGAAGGCACAUCCUGGAGCGACUACAAGCAGCAGCUGAACCUCUUCCGCAAGGAUCUAGAUGAAGUCAGUGCUCGCCUAAGACAAGACGAAAUGAGGCGCCUCGCCACAAGAAGCGAGAGAUGGGUACGAAGUAAGCUCAGUGAGAGUGUCGGAGUAGAAUUCAACAAGCUUGGAUCCGGGCGUGCUGGAUCUGGUGCCCCAGCUGAUGGCGAGAAGCCUACCGAGAAGGAUCUCUGGGACCGAAUAUGGGCUGUGUUCACUGAUACGGUUUCUCACGCGGAGACACGAUUUACCGAUCGCGCACGCAGCUUCGAUGCGAGUCCUGAUGAGGUCGAGGUUGGGCUGUGGCGACUUCGCCGUAAGUCAUGGGGAGCACUGCGUGACAAGAUCGACGAGGAGCUCAUGGAGGGCAAUCUGUUACUGAAGCUGCGCGAGAACUUUGAAGAUAAAUUCCGCUACGACGAGGAAGGAGUUCCAAGAAUAUGGCGUCCUACCGAUGAUAUCGAAAGCAUGUACACCAAAGCUCGGGAAAGCACACUGACCUUGGUCCCUCUCCUCGCAAGGUUCAAAUUAUCACGAACAUCUGCUCCACCACCACUUGACGCCUGGAUUGGCGAGCCGCCAAGCACAGUCACGCCGGCUGAUGAGGAGGAUCUUCACCCAAUUGGAGGCGUCGACGAAGACGAAGGCAAGACUUUGGAGGAGGAAAUGACAGUCAUCAGCGAUGCUAAGCAGCAAGAUCUGUCAACACGCUUCAAGAAGACCGCAGAUGGCGUCUACGUCGAAGCCAAGCGUAGUGCCAUUGGCGGCAUCACGCAAGUGCCUUUGUACUUCUACGGCCUGUUGUUAGCGCUCGGCUGGAACGAGAUCGUGGCAGUGCUGCGCAACCCAGUAUACUUCAUCUUCCUCAUCCUUCUCGGCGUAGGCGCCUAUGUCACCUACACCCUCAACCUAUGGGGUCCGAUGCUUCAAAUGACCAACGCAGCAUCCGCACAAGGCCUCGAAAUCUUCAAAGCAAAAUUACGAGAUUUCCUGGAGAAUUCCGAAACUGGUCGACAAGCUAUUGGUAUGAGCGCCAAAGCCGGUGCGCCGAUCAAUCUGGAUGCAUUGAAUAGCAAUGGAACGACCAAAGCUCGAGCCUCGCAGGAGGAAGAGGUCGAUGAGAUUUAGAAGUAUCCGACAAGGGGCGGCUUUGUUGGCAAUGGGCGGGCAUAUUGAAAUAGCGUUUUCGAGAGGGGGUUUCUUGCAUAGCGGACAGUGUCAGCAUGUUCGUCGACUUUUCCAGCAGCACUACUUGUAGCAUGACAUGGCUGCGUGACAGUGGAAGGGUUGGAAAGACACGUUAGUCAGGAGAUAGAAUGAUAUUCUAGUAUGGCUUUUCCACAC